GCCGUCGGCGAGGUCGGUACACCCGAUGAUGUCUUGCAGCAGCUCUGGGGCUCCGUUCAGCAGGGCAUUGACUACGAGAUCGCAGGCAGGCACGACAACAUUGGCCCUGGAGCCAACCGUUUCGUCGGGCACCACGGCCCCCCCAAGGUGAAGUGGCGGCAGUUGCGGUGGGGGCCACCUCGCAAGCGCCUGUGCCACGACACCGCGAUCGGCAAUCUGGGCUUGGGCUACCGCGGCACGCAGCUGCAGAAGACUGCCAGUGUAUUCUACGACAUCCUCUGCUUCCUGAGCUCCAUCGUCGGGCAGGACAAAGUCCUCACCGUUAUCGACCCCUGCUACCGCCAGUUCUUCCUGCGCGGGCUGGACGGGCUGAUUGCGGAGGACUUUGAUGACGUGGUGGAUGCCAUCGUGGGCCGUGCGGAGGCCCUCACUGCCGCGGCUCGCGGCGCGUCGGAGAGAGCCUGGCGCAGCUGGGCUCAGGCGGCCUUCAAUGGGGGAGCGAAGGCUGCCCGCGCUGCAUCAAAGGUCAGGGCGCAGCAAGAACUCGUUGCCCCUCAGGCCUAUUCCCAGCCAUGCAUCCUCGCGGACCGCACCAUGUGCGAGUGA